AUGACUCGCGUACCCGAGAUGAGCGUCCUGACCGCGGGGACUCAUUUUACCGUGGGAGAUCUCCAGUCUCAAGGCCACGACCGCCGCGACCGCCGCCGGUCUCGCUCUCCAGCCACUGUCGACCGCUACGAACCUAGACCCCGACGAGACGACCGGGACCGUGAUGACAGGCGUCGCAUGCAGUCGCCACCUGCCAAUAUUGACCGAUACGUACCUGGCCAGGAUUCCGGGUCAACUAAUCCAACUGUUAACCCCCUCCCCGACCCUGCCAAGCUCCAUUACCAAGUUGGCUUCUCCUACUUUGGAGAAUGGUGGAGAAUGAACGAGAAGAUCAAGGAGGAGAAAGAGCGAAUGCGUACUGGUCGACGCCGUGAACCGGAACGGGCUCGCGGCCCAGAAGAUCGCGAAAAGGAGAAAGCCAGGAUUCAAGCUGCCUAUGAUGCGUAUAAAGAAGAACUCCAAGCCAAGAUGGCACGGACAUUUGUUUCUGAACAUAAGAAAGAGCAAUGGUUCAAGGAGCGAUAUGUUCCGGAAAUUCGUGAUGAUUUCAGAGGAAAGCUGAACGAAUACCGACGCGGUGCUUACAGCCAGUGGGAGCAAGAUCUUGAAUCGGGUACUUUUGAUGACUUUUCUCUUGAGGGUCUUCCCAAGAGUGAGAGCAACGGCAGUGGCGGUGUAGUUGAAAAGGAAGAGGGAGAGGCUACAGCCACAAACGAGAUCCUGGGUGUUGGAGAUCUGGUUCCAGUCAAUGGUGCUGACAUCCGCGACGAGAGCCAGUUCCAGCCAACUCUCUUGAUCAAGACCAUCGCCCCGCAUGUUAGCCGCCAGAACCUCGAGGCCUUUUGUAAGGAGCAUCUCGGCGAGGAGGAAGGUGGCUUCAAGUGGCUUUCUUUAUCUGAUCCCAACCCCAGUAAGCGGUACCACCGUAUUGGUUGGGUCAUGCUUCACCCCUCAUCCGAAACAGCACUCCCCGUAGACCGCGUUGAACCUAAGGAUGAGGAUGGCGAUGAGGCGAUAACAUCUCCUCAGCCGGCAUCUACUGCCGAUAAGGCUCUGGAGGCCAUCAACGGUAAGACUGUCAAAGAUGAGGUCAGAGGAGACUUUGUUUGCCACGUUGGAGUCCACAACCCACCUGUCCAUCCCCGAAAGAAGGCCCUGUGGGAUCUCUUCUCCGCUCCUGAGCGCAUCGAUAAGGACCUCUUGCUUGUCCAGCGAAUUGUCAACAAGUUUGAGGAAGAAUUCGGGUCCGAUUUUCAAGCCACUCUGAAAAUUGAAGAAAAGGUCGAAGACCUGAGAAACGCGGGUCAGCUUCAACCGGCUGUGGUUCCAACCCCUGUCAAGAAGGUCAAGAAAAUCAGAGAAGUGGGAAUGGACGAAGCUAUGGACGAGGAAGAAGAUGGCGUCAUUGAAAUUGAGGAAGAAGAGGAGGAGGAGGAGGGGGCCGUAGAAGAUGAAGAAGUUGACGACGAGGAUCUUUUGGUCAAGAAGAAGCAACUUGAUCUUUUGAUUGAAUAUUUGCGCCGCGUCUUCAACUUUUGCUUCUUUUGUGUUUUCGAAAGUGAUUCAAUUCACGAACUUACACGAAAAUGCCCUGGUGGUCAUUUGCGCAGACCUCGCAGCACACUUUCGUCUGCCGCAAAAGCUGUUGCUAGAGCCAGCGCCAAUGGAGAACCAUUCCCAGGCAAGAAGAGGGGCGAAGGGGCAGAAGAGAAUGAGGGCGAGCUUACUGAAGGUGAAAAGAAGUUUCGAAACGCCUCAAACAAGACGGAGCAGCAACUCCUUCGGGCGUUUAACUGGGUUAAGACUUUCGAAGAUAAGCUUACCCAGAUUCUGGACCCUCAAUCUGUCGAUAUUCGAAAGCUGGGUGGCCGACCUGCUGAUGAGGCUGUCGAUGAAGAGCUUCUCAAACAUGUGAAGCAGGAGGAUGAACACAAAUGGCGGUGCAAAGCUCCCGAGUGCUCCAAGUUGUUCAAGGAAGAGCAUUUUUGGCGUAAGCACGUUGAGAAGCGCCACGGUGAUUGGCUUGAUAACCUGAGGCAAGAGUUUGAACUCAUAAACUCAUAUGUGAUGGACCCCUCUCACAUUGCACCCUCAAGAACCGACGCAAACUCAAAUGGUCACUUCCCACCUUCCAAUGGCCAAUCCAGCAGUGGAACACCACGAGGCUUCAACCUGCAGAACUUUACCAUGAACGGUAUGAUGGGAGGAGGGAUGCCUGGCUUCCCCAUGGCUCCAGGCAACUUCUCGCCUAUGUUUGCAAACAUGCAAUCCGGAAGCUGGAACCCUAUGGACGAACGCUCUGGUGGAGGACCUAUCCGUCGUGGAGGAAUGGGUGGCGGACGAGGUCAAUACCGUUCUGGACCUUAUGAUCGUCGAGGCGGCAACCGUUUUGACGGUGGUCGUAACCGCAACGGCGGGUCACGCUGGGGUGACGGCGCUGGAGGUGCUGCGGGCGGGCCUCGGGAGGCAGUCCAGGGCCGAAGCCUUAAGAGUUAUGAGGAUUUGGACCAGGUUUCGGGUGGUGGAAGUGGUCCCAAGAAACGGAGAAGAUUCUUAGAAGGCGGUUGCAGUUAUGCACAUAAUCCUGCAGGCCUGAAUGAAAGUGAGAUUGCCUUAGUGGAAGAGCCUGCCCCAAUGGAAGUUUUUAAAGAUUCUCCCUCUAGCAUGUUCAUUGAACUCUUGCAUGCGCUAACCAACUACAGUCGACGGAAGAUCAACAAGGAUCCAAACAACACAAAAUGGACUAAAGAUACGAAUACCUUCGGCCAGAAGAUCCUGCGAGCUCAAGGCUGGCAACCGGGCCAGUUCCUCGGAGCACAAGAUGCGCCGCACUCGGAAUUGCACACGGCCGCCAACGCCUCAUACAUUCGCGUGGUUCUUAAGGAUGACAUGAAGGGAUUGGGCUUCAGCAAGUCGAAAGAGGAUGAAGUUACUGGUCUAGAUGUCUUUCAAGAUCUGCUCAGUCGACUCAACGGAAAGACGGAUGAUGCCAUCGAGGAGGAUCAACAAGCGCGACUCGCUGUGAAGACGCACCACUUUGUUGAGCAACGAUACGGAGCCAUGAAGUUCGUCUACGGUGGUCUACUGGUGGGCGAUGAGAUGAAGGAAGUGGAAGAGAAGAAGGCCGACCAGCAAACAGAGUCAAACUCCGACGAGGACGUUGUCAUGGAAUCCGCCCCUGCACCGAAAGAAUCCAAAAAGGAGAGGAAGUCUAAGAAGAGAAAGGCAACCGACGACGAGGAUGAGGAGGAAAGUUCAAGUCGAGAAACCGAUUUAAAGAGCAAGAAAAGACGCAAGGAAGAGCGAAAAGUAAAGGACGGCGAUAUUGACGACGCCAGGGCCAAGAAGAAGAAAGAGAAAAAAGACAAGAAAGAGAAGUCCCGCAAAAAGUCCACAGAGGACAUCUCAGACGACGAGAAUGUCGAAGAGCGCUCAAAGAAGCGGAAGUCCAAGUCCAAGGAUAAGAGUCGGUCCCCUGAGGGCUCAGACGAAGAAAAGGUGAAGGACAAGAAGUCUAAAAAAGAUAAGAAAGAUAAGAAGAAGCGCAAGAAGGAGGAGCAAGCAUCCGAAUCAACCAGCACAUCAGCCACACAGAACUCUACGCCCACGGCUUCGGUCCCUGGGACAGGAGCCACAACACCAUCUGGCACAUCGACACCUAGAGGGAGCAGGAAUUUUGUGCGGUCACGAUUUAUUGCGCAAAAGAGACAGGCUGUGCUUGACACCAAGGCACUGAACCAGAUUUUCAUGGUCAAAGCAUAG